AGGAUAAACUCAAACAAAAAUCCACGAACAGUAAAGGAACGACCCUAAUCAUACAGACUCGCCGAGGUCACGGAGCCGCAUCGCGCAGAGGGGAAAGCUGAAGGAGAAGAAGGAAGAGGAUGAGGAGGUGAAGGAGAAGUCGUCGGGAAAGAACAGGGGGAGAUGAAAGUUAGCGGUGAAGUGAAGGCAGUGAAGUGAAGUGGCUGCGUCGAAGUGAGUUCGCUGAGGUGGAGGCGAUUGUGCAGUUCCGAUACUGGUGUGAAGUUUAUUGCAUUGUGAGGAGAGGCCGGAGAGAGGCGGUGGUGGAGAGAAGGGAGAGGAAGGGGAAAGGGAGACAAGGAGAGAAGAGAAGACACUGGCAAAGAGGAGGGAGUGAGAGGGAGGGAAAGCAACAAGAGAGGGCAGGGAAGUGACGAAAGAAGUGAGGGAAAGAGACGGAACCGGGCCGAGGCAGUGCCAUGUGAACUCCACCUUUAUAUCCUGAAUGAGAAGAAGUGCGACAAACUAGGAAACCUGAGGAGUUGAUGAAAUGAGAUGGCGGGCGAGUGGGCAGCUCAGGGCACGGCGAGUGGUGUGGACACGGCGCUCGUGCUGAGGUGGAAGUGAAAUGACUCCCGAGAUGACUUCCGCUCGAGUGCUGUGAGCGCUGCUACCAUGACCUGGGCGGCACAGGCCGGGGAUCCCGCUGCUGCCGCCACCGCCUCCAGCGUCUUCAUGAGCACCAGCCCCUCCUCCUUCAGCGGCGGGGACAUGAGCGUCGUGGCCACCAUGGUCGGCAACGGGAGCUUCCUCGACCUCGGAGACAACUGCUCGGAGCCCCUCGGACACGUGGACUGGGGCGACGUGGGGAUGCUCACGUCCCUCACCAUCCUGGUCAUCAUCAACGCUCUCGUGGUGGCGGGGAACUGCCUGGUCAUUCUGGCCGUGUUCCUCUCCAGCAAGCUCCGCACGGUUACCAACCUCUUCAUCGUGUCCCUGGCGGUGGCCGACCUCCUGCUGGGGAUGGCGGUGCUGCCCUUCAGCGUCACGGUCGAGGUCUUUGACACCUGGCUCUUUGGCGAGCUCUGGUGCUCCGUGUGGCUCGCCGUGGACGUGUGGAUGUCCACGGCCUCCAUCCUCAACCUCUGCGUGAUCAGCCUAGACCGGUACGUGGCGGUGACGCGGCCCGUGUCGUACCCGUCGCUGAUGACGUCAUCGCGCGCCAAGCUGCUGAUCGCGUCCGUGUGGAUCACGUCCUUCGUCAUCUGCUUCCCGCCGCUCGUCGGCUGGAACGACCGCCACAAGAACCUGGUGUCUGCGGCCGCCGCGGUGUCGUCCGAGUCGUCGUCCGGGCCCGGGGGCGGCCUGGACGACGAGGUGUCGUGCCACUUGUCGUGCGAGCUCACCAACGACAUCGGCUACGUGGUGUACUCGGCGCUGGGCUCGUUCUUCAUCCCGAUGCUGGUGAUGCUGUUCUUCUACUGGAAGAUCUACUGCGCCGCCGCCGAGACCACGCGCGCCAUCAACCAGGGCUUCCGCACCACCAAGAACAAGAGCUUCCUGGGCAGCCGCUUCGAGGAGGAGCGCCUCACGCUGCGCAUCCACCGCGGCAGGAACUCGGUGCAGGAGCACAACUCGUGCCACAACAGCGCGGAGCGGCGGUUCAACGGCCACGCCAGCGCCCACCGCCCCAGCACGAGCCCCAAGGGCAAGGUGAGCAGCAUCAAGCUGAAGAACCUGCGGCCGCAGCUCAUCAUGAAGUCCAGCAUCUCGCUACCGCCGGACCUGCGCUACGACGCCGGCAACUUCAGCCUGCAGGAGCGGUGCGAGCUGUGCGACGCGCAGUGCUCCCGGGACCACAACAACGUGCAGCUGCUCUCCGUGGCCAGGAACCACGAGUGCAGCCGCCAGGACUCGUGCUUCACCGUCGACACCACCUUCUCGGGGCUCGGGCCGCGCUCCAAGAGGCAGAUGUCGCCCUCCAACUGCGCCACGGCCCCGUCCCGGAUGCAGUCGCGGAGGUUCCAGGGGCAGGACGGCGACAGCCCCUCCUCCGGGCCCAUCCGGGGGCGCAGCACGGGCACGUCCAGGAUGGGCCGCAGGAACAUCAAGGUGCAGGUGAAGCGGUUCCGCAUGGAGACCAAGGCGGCCAAGACGCUGGGCAUCAUCGUGGGCGUGUUCAUCCUGUGCUGGCUGCCCUUCUUCACCAUGUAUCUGGUGCGCGGCUUCUGCCCGCUGUGCAUCCACCCGCUGCUGUUCUCGGUCCUGUUCUGGCUCGGCUACUGCAACUCGGCCAUCAACCCGUGCAUCUACGCGCUCUUCAGCAAGGACUUCCGGUUCGCGUUCAAGAACAUUCUGUGCAAGUGCAUUUGCACGCGGGAGGCCAGGAAGCCGCUCAUGGCCCACCAGCCCUCGAUAUACAUACCCUCGUGCGACAGAGACAAUGACAGUGACGAGAAUUACGAGGACAGCAAGAGGUAGCACAGAUGGUAGGCUGUGGAGCGCGACCCGUAACUCAUGCAUUUAUAUACCAAAAAUAUAAAACACAUGGAAGGAUGGAAGACAGAGAUACUGCUUUGGGAUAUAAGUGUAUAUAUAUAUAUAUAUAUAUAUAUAUAUAUAUAUAUAUAUCUAAACUUUUCUCUUAUGAUAUCCCUGCGGGAGACUUUUUAAAAGUGAUUACCGAAAAGCUCAAACUACAACGUAAGAGAAGAUAUCAUUAGAUAAUCCAAACACAACAAAACUAUUGAAGAGAAAAUCAACUUUAUAUCUGUCUGUUAAAGCACAAACGACAAUUACUUUUCCUGACCUUUUUUUGUGUGUCACGGAAGUAAGCAAAGUCAAGGUACACAAAAGACGGUCACUAAGAGAUGACCCAGGUUCAGGGGGAUGACCUGGCGUGAUCUCAAGACGCGAGUGCAAUUCUUUAGGUGUUAUUUUGCCAUGAUGCAAGGGAUUUCAUGGCGGUUAUAUAUUGUAUAUUAUAGUGAUUAACGUGGCUAUACUUUGUUACAUCACUGUGGCCGAAGGGCUGCUUGGAAUGACAUGAAAGAACCAAGAAUUCCACUAUGAUGUCAAGUGUAUUUUUGUGCGAAUUUAUAUAAGUGUAUGUGUGUGUGUGUACAUAUACGACUACGGUUCCCGAGGGGAAAAUCAA